CGCUGCCUCUUGCAUCCACAGCGAUGUUCAGUCCCGACGACCUUAACUUAAACCACCGUCCCAUCUUCGUUGUUGAAUACGACGAAGAUACUGGCGCAUAUCAAGUACCUCGUUGAUUGUCAGCUUGUCUUCCCGGCUGCAAGAGCAACAUGCAAGAUCCUCAGAAAGAGAUUCCGGACGUCGUGAACCUGAUCACCGCGGCGGUGAAUCCUGAAAUACAAGAGGCAGCCGUACUUAGAUACUAUGCGCCAGACGCAGCUUUUCGUCACCCACUCUGCAGAGUUUGGCGGCGCCCUGGAUCCCGUAGUGCGGUCAUAGGAAUCUUGCAAUGGUAUCGCAUCAUGUCACCUGUUCUCAAGAUCGACGUUCGUAGCUGCAUGUACAACGCGGAGAAGCACGAAGCAUACAUCGAGGUUGUGCAAGUUUUCCAUAUCCGCUACUCUCCUCUGGCCGGCUACCCUUCCAGAUUGAUUGUCCAUCUCAAGCUGAAACCAAGCGUAGACGACCCCAGCUUACUCCAGAUCGCCGAACAUGAAGAUUUUUACCACCCAGACGACCUCAUGGCACUUGUAAUACCUCCAUUGAUACCUGUUGUUUGUUUCCUUCUGUGGCUGGGCACUGUCAUGAGUGUCAUAGGUGCACGCUUCUUCCAGGCUACUUUCGGGUACUGGAGGAUUAGGGACAGAGAAAGCGAUGAAAGCGUCGACCUCACUAAACCUGAAGUGAACGGUACGAACACGGAUAGCUGAGUGGCUACCGGGAGACGCACGCCUUUGUACCCAUACAAAUGAUUCGGCGUAAACAAAGAUGUACACAACGCGUAGAGCAAUUCAAAUAUAAGCCGACGAAUGAUGAUGCUGAAUGGCA